AUGAGGACACUGUUUGGUCAGCAGUAUGACGAAAAAAUUUCAAACAAAGAAAUUUCAAAGGGCAGUAGUGGUCGUGGUUGUGAUGGUGGUAGUAUUAGUGGUGGUAGUAGUAGAAGUGGUGGUAGUGAUAGUGGUAGAGGUAGUGGUGAUGAUGAUGGUGGUUGUGGUGGUGAUAGUAGUAAUAGUGAAGGUGGUAUUGGAGGUGGUGGUUGUGAUGGUGGUAGUGGUUGUAAUGGUGGUGGUAGAGGUGGUCGUACUGGUAGUAGUGUUGAUGGUAAUGGUAGAAGUGGUGUUAGUAGUGAAAAUGGUAGUGGUAAUGAUGGUGGUAGCGGUAGUGGUAGUAGUGGUAGUGCCGGUGGUAUUAGUGGUGGUGGUUGUGGUGGUGGUAGUGGUAGUAGAGAUGGUGGUAGUAGUAGUGUUGGUGGAAGUGGCAGUAGUGAUUGUGGAAUUGGUAGUAAUAGUAGUGUUGGUGGUAGUGCUGGUGGUAGUGGUAGUAGUGGUGUUAGUAGUGAUAAUGGUAGUGGCAGUGGUGGUUGUAGCGGUAGUGGUAGUAGUUGUAGUGGCGGUGGUAGUAGUAGUGGUGGUUGUGGUGGUGGAAGUGGUAGUAGAGAUGGUGGUAGUAAUAGUGUUGGUGGUAGUGGUAGUAGUGAUGGUGGUAUUGGUAGUAAUAUUAGUGUUGGUGGUAGUGUUGGUGGUAGUUCAAACUAA